GAUAUUUGAUGAAGUUGACCUUUCAGAUGCCAGUGUAGCCGAAGCCAGCACAAAAAAUGCGAACAACAGCUUCACGAUAAUCACUCCAUUCAGAAGGCUAAUGCUGUGUGCUGAGAACCGAAAAGAGAUGGAAGAUUGGAUCAGCUCACUGAAGUCUGUACAGACCAGAGAACCUUACGAGGUGGCCCAGUUUAAUGUGGAACAUUUCUCAGGGAUGCAUAACUGGUACGCCUGCUCCCAUGCCCGUCCCACCUUCUGUAACGUGUGCAGAGAGAGUCUUUCUGGAGUCACCUCCCAUGGCCUGUCCUGUGAAGUGUGUAAAUUCAAGGCUCACAAAAGAUGUGCAGUGAGGGCAACAAAUAACUGCAAAUGGACCACCCUGGCCUCCAUCGGGAAGGACAUCAUAGAGGAUGAAGACGGAGUCGCUAUGCCUCACCAGUGGCUCGAGGGCAACUUGCCUGUGAGUGCCAAGUGUGCUGUCUGCGACAAGACCUGUGGCAGUGUUCUCCGUCUGCAAGAUUGGAAAUGCCUUUGGUGUAAAACGAUGGUACACACUGCCUGCAAAGAUUUAUACCAUCCUAUAUGUCCACUUGGUCAGUGUAAAGUAUCUAUCAUACCUCCAAUUGCACUUAACAGCACUGAUUCUGAUGGUUUCUGUAGAGCAACAUUUUCAUUCUGUGUUAGUCCUUUGUUGGUUUUUGUCAAUUCUAAGAGUGGAGAUAAUCAGGGAGUAAAGUUCCUUCGUCGUUUUAAACAGUUGCUUAAUCCAGCUCAGGUGUUUGAUUUAAUGAAUGGAGGUCCGCAUUUAGGUUUAAGAUUAUUUCAGAAGUUUGACAAUUUCCGGAUUCUUGUUUGUGGAGGAGAUGGAAGUGUAGGUUGGGUUUUGUCAGAAAUUGAUAAGCUCAACUUGAAUAAACAGUGUCAGCUGGGAGUAUUGCCUUUGGGGACAGGAAAUGACCUUGCUCGGGUUCUUGGCUGGGGAGGUUCAUAUGACGAUGACACCCAACUUCCUCAGAUACUAGAGAAGCUGGAACGAGCCAGCACCAAAAUGUUGGACAGGUGGAGUAUAAUGACGUAUGAACUUAAAUUGCCAACAAAGGCUUCUCUACUUCCCGGACCUCCAGAAGCAUCUGAAGAAUUUUAUAUGACAAUUUAUGAAGACUCAGUUGCAAAUCAUCUUACAAAAAUCCUCAAUUCUGAUGAACACGCAGUGGUCAUAUCAUCUGCCCAGAUACUAUGUGAAACUGUAAAGGACUUCGUUGCCAAAGUAGAGAAGGCAUAUGAUAAAACGUUGGAAAAUGCUGUUGUAGCUGAUGCUGUGGCCAUCAUGGACGAUCAAGCCGUUCAUUCCUGUGAACCAGUUAAUCAGUCAUCUGAUUACGAUAGCACAGAUGAAUCUAAAGAAGAAUCUAAAGAUGAAGAUACAAAAGAGUCAUUAACUGUUAAAACUGCACCUCGGUCUCCAGAUGCCCGGGCAAGUCGUGGCCAUGCCCAAACUGAUUCUGUCUCUGGUCCAGCUAUGGCAGCCAGCAAAGAAAAUCUCCCUGUGCUCAACACCAGAAUAAUCUGCCCAGGUUUAAGAGCAGGACUAGCUGCCUCAAUUGCUGGGAGCUCUAUCAUCAACAAAAUGUUACUAGCAAAUAUUGAUCCUUUUGGGGCAACACCAUUUAUUGACCCAGAUCCAGAUUCAGUAGAUGGAUAUUCAGAAAAAUGUGUCAUGAACAAUUACUUUGGGAUUGGAUUAGAUGCAAAAAUUUCAUUAGAAUUUAAUAAUAAAAGAGAGGAGCACCCUGAAAAAUGCAGGAGCCGAACUAAAAAUUUGAUGUGGUAUGGAGUCCUUGGAACUCGGGAGUUAUUACAGAGAUCGUACAAGAAUUUAGAACAAAGGGUUCAACUUGAGUGUGAUGGGCAGUAUAUUCCUCUCCCCAGUUUGCAAGGCAUAGCUGUUUUGAACAUCCCCAGCUAUGCCGGAGGCACUAACUUCUGGGGUGGCACCAAAGAGGACGAUAUAUUUGCUGCACCAUCAUUUGAUGACAAGAUCCUGGAAGUUGUUGCGAUAUUUGACAGCAUGCAAAUGGCAGUUUCAAGGGUCAUUAAACUGCAGCAUCAUCGAAUAGCCCAGUGCCGUACAGUAAAAAUCACCAUAUUCGGUGAUGAGGGAGUCCCAGUGCAGGUGGAUGGUGAAGCAUGGGUUCAGCCUCCAGGGAUUAUCAAAAUUGUGCACAAAAACAGAGCUCAGAUGCUAACCAGGGACAGAGCCUUUGAAAGCACUCUGAAAUCUUGGGAAGAUAAACAGAAGUGUGAUUCUGGCAAACCAGUUCUUCGAACCCAUUUGUACAUCCAUCAUGCCAUUGACUUGGCAACGGAAGAAGUGUCGCAGAUGCAGCUCUGUUCCCAGGCUGCAGAGGAGCUCAUUACCAGGAUUUGUGAUGCAGCCACAAUUCACUGUCUUUUGGAGCAAGAACUGGCCCAUGCUGUGAAUGCAUGCUCUCACGCACUGAAUAAAGCCAACCCAAGAUGCCCGGAGAGUCUUACAAGAGACACCGCCACUGAAAUAGCCAUCAAUGUGAAGGCACUAUAUAAUGAAACGGAAUCUUUGCUAGUUGGCAGGGUUCCUUUGCAAUUGGAAUCCCCGCAUGAAGAGCGCGUGUCCAAUGCCUUACACUCUGUGGAGGUGGAGUUACAGAAAUUAACAGAGAUUCCUUGGCUUUAUUACAUCUUACAUCCAAAUGAGGAUGAGGAGCCUCCUAUGGAUUGCACCAAAAGAAACAGCAGAAGCACAGUAUUUCGUAUAGUGCCGAAAUUUAAAAAGGAAAAAGUUCAGAAGCAGAAGACAAGUUCACAUCCUGUUCAGAAAUGGGGCACAGAGGAAGUUGCUGCUUGGCUGGAUCUGCUCAAUUUGGGAGAGUACAAAGAAAUCUUCAUCGGUCAUGACAUCAGAGGGGCUGAACUUUUGCAUCUGGAAAGGCGAGAUCUUAAGGACCUGGGGAUACCGAAAGUGGGCCAUAUGAAGCGAAUUCUCCAGGGAAUUAAAGAGCUUGGACGGAGCACUCCCCAGUCUGAGGUGUAAUCAUAUUGGUGCUAUUCCUGGGAAGAGAAGUAAUUGCUACAUAAUACAAAGUGCUUGGAAGCAGUUGGCUGUUCUUGUAGUUUUCGGCAUAGACAAGUGAGCACCACUGAAACACCUCUAUAGCUUGCUAUUUGCUGUGGAUGAAAAUUUUGAUUUGAGGUAUUAGAAAAUAUUUUUGUGCCAAAAAAUACAUUUCACAAAGCCAUUUUCUUAUUGUACAAACCUGACAUGUUCAAAUAUGGUCACAACAGUAAAUAAGUAGGAGGAAUCUGAGAUGAUUGCAUUGUCUAAAAGGAGGGAUUGCAAAAUGUUACCUUUCCUUAAAUUUGUUGUGUUGGAAAGUUCUUACUGUGUAAUCACAUAAUAAUAUGUGGCUAAAAUUUUCUAGGUUUCAUUAUUGGAGGCAUUGGCUUCUUCCUUAAAAUCCUUGGUUAGGAAAAUGAGAUAAAAAUUAAGAUGUAUUUUGAAUAUUAGAUUAGUAUCACCUCAGGUUCCUAGCACUCAGUGGUCAAAGAAUGUGGUUAAAAUCCAUCAAAUACUAUGAAUGAAUGCAAAUCUUACUGCA